CGUUGACAUAGAUGAUUGCAGGGAAGAUCACUGGCAGCAGAUUUCUGUAAGAGUUCUGUGAACUUGUAACAUGGAUCGCUGGAAAGGCAGGGUUGCUCUGGUCACUGGAGCUUCAGUGGGAAUCGGAGCAGCGAUCGCGAAGUCUCUUGUCCAGCAUGGCAUGAAGGUGGUCGGCUGUGCCAGAAAUGUGGAGCAAAUUCAGAAAUCGGCAGCAGAUUGUGUCAGUAGUGGAUUCAGUGGCACUCUGAUCCCAUAUAAAUGUGAUCUGUCUGUAGAGGAUGACGUGUUAUCCAUGUUCUCCUGGAUCAAAGUUCAACAUCAGGGCAUUGACGUGUGCAUUAAUAAUGCUGGUUUGGCUCUCCCAGAGCCUCUGUUGAGCGGCAAAACCAGUGGCUGGAGGACUAUUAUGGAUGUAAAUGUCAUUGCCCUGUCCGUGUGCACCCGUGAGGCUUACCAGUCCAUGAAAGAAAGAAAAAUUGAUGAUGGUCAUAUCAUUAAUAUCAACAGUAUUUGUGGACACCGGGUCAUCAACAGUGCUGAUGCACACUUCUACACCGCCAGCAAAUACGCAGUGACGGCUCUCACAGAAGGUUUGAGGCAAGAGUUACGAGAAGCCAAAACCAACAUACGUGCCACAUGUAUUUGUCCUGGCAUAGUGAAGACAGAAUUUGCCUACCGACUCUUUAGCGAAAACCCAGAAAAGGCUGCUGCUACUUAUAAAAGUGAAAAGUGCCUACAAGCAGUUGACAUCGCAAACGCAGUGGUGUAUGUCCUGAGUGCUCCUCCUCAUGUUCAAAUUGGUGACAUUGAGAUCACGCCAGUGGAUCAGUCGAUGUAACGGGCUCAAGAUAAAUGGGAUCAAACAUCUUGACACACUGUGAAAGAAUUUGAAGUACAAAACUAAAUAAAUCUAUAAAAUAAUUAUUGCUCAAUUUACUAGUAUGUUUAGAAAUAAAGUAAAUUUACUAUACUAUAUGUAUUGUAAAAGUUACAAGACUGGCAAAAAUUUUGAUUUAUUUUAAAGGCUGUUUUAAUUAAAUAUUUUUUUAAAAAUCA